UAUGAAUAUUCCCAAUAUAAAUACAAAGGGACUGAAUCUGAACCAGACCAUUCAUUCAUUCUUUCAUUCAUUCAUUCAUUCGUUCCCCACUAACAGCAGCUAAAGCUUGCUUUGCCAACAGCAGAAGUUAGUCCAUUUCUGUCUCCGCGAGCAUUUCUUUUAGUCUGUUCAAUCUUCUUCAUUUUGAAACCUCUACAAUAGUCAUCACUAAAUAUGCCUGGACCAAUCAGCAACCGAAUUGUUCUUCCUCACAUCUUCUUAGUCUCUUACCCUGCUCAAGGCCAUGUAAAUCCUCUUCUCAGGAUUGGCAAGAUUCUUGCUUCCAAAGGCCUGCUGGUCACGCUCUCUGCACCAAACACCAUUGGUGACAAAAUCCGAAAAUCCAACAAAAGCAUUUCCGAAGAGCCCACUCCCUAUGGCGAUGGAAUGAUCCGAUUUGAGUUCUUUGACGAUGAAAGCCAGCAUAUCACGGUUCCGGAUGAGCACGCAGCACAUCUUGAGAAAAUUGGGAAGCAGAAGCUCCCAAUAAUGCUUCAGAAAAAUGCCGAACAGGGUCGCCCUGUUUGCUGCCUGAUUUACAGCUGCUUCAUUCCUUGGGUUGCUGAAGUAGGCGAGUCUCUUCGAAUCCCUUCUGCUCCGUUGUGGGUUCAGUCUGCCGCCUGCUUCUCAGCUUAUUACCAUUAUUACCACAAACUCGUUCAGUUCCCCACUGAAUCCCAACCUGAAUUGGACGUUCAGUUGCCCUGUAUGCCACUUUUGAAGUAUGAUGAAAUCCCCAGCUUCUUGCAUCCUUGGACACAGUACCCUUCUAUCACCGAUUCAAUCUUGGGAAUGUUCAAGCACUUGGACAAGAACUGCUGUGUACUGAUGGAGUCGUUCCAGGAGCUGGAAAAUGAGGAAAUCAAUUACAUGUCAAAGCUCUGCCCCAUCAAACCAAUUGGUCCCCUCUUUAGAUAUCCUACCGAGAAAUCUGCAGGGUCAGCCAAAGUGGAUCAACCAAUACUUUGGCCAGCUGUCUCGUCCAUCGAAGUGCCUACAAUUCAGCGUGGGAAUUAG